AUGGGCUUCAUCAACCCCGGCCGCAACCUGCACUCCCGCACCCCCGGCAAACGCAAACCCAAGCACCACCCCACCACCACCACAACCACAACCACAACCACAACCACAACCACAACCACAACCAGCAACAAACGCCCCCGCACCCGCACCCGCACCCGCCCCCGCACCCCCACCCCACCCGCGCUCUCCCCCCUCGAGUCCCUCCCCGCAGAGCUCCUCUACCGCAUCUUCGAGUCCAGCCACAACACCGCCCUCCCCGCCGCCUCCCGCCACCUCACGCACACACUCAACGCCCCGCACCUGCACCUCCUCCACCUACGCACGCACGCAGCCGACGCCGCGGCCCUCUCCGAGGUCUUCCGCCUGCGCUUCUUCACGGCCCCCUUCCUGGCGCUGUUCGAGUCGCGCUUCGGCCGCCUCGACGCCUCGGGGGCAGCGCUGCCCCUGCGGCUUGUCAGUGCGCCGUGGACGGGCGAGAAGCUGGCGCUGUUUACGGCGCUGGUGGAGCGCGGGGCGACUGUGGGGGGGGGCGAGGGGGAGGAGUUUACGUGGGCGCUGCUGCAGGCGCUGCAGGCGGGGAGGGGCGAUGUGGGGAGGGUGGUGAUGGCGGCGGGGGGCGUGAGGGGGGAUGGGGAGUGCUUGAGGGUUGUUGUGGAGCGGUGGGGGGAUGGGGGGUUGGGGAUGGCGAGGAUGCUGGUGGAGAGGGGGGCGGAGAUGGGCGGGGUGGGGGUGUGGAGGGCGGCGUUGGCGUGGGGGGAGGGGGGGAGGCGUGUGGUGGGGUGGUUGUUGGAGGGGGCGACGCCGCCGGGGGAGGUGUUGGGGGAGUUGAGUUGUCGGUAG